AUGUUGGUGGCUUCAAACAUUGAGCACCCAUUUCCAAAGUUGCAAGUAUUGGAUGUAUCAAACAAUGCAUUUGUUGGCUCGCUACCAGAUAGAUAUUUCAAGAACUUUCGAUCUAUGAUAAAUGCCAAGGAAAGCCAGACCGAUUAUGGAAUGUUUUUAGGAUUUCUAGAGAUGACAAUCACAGUGAAAGGAUUGGAUCAGUUAAUGAGGCGACCGCUGGACACCUUUACAAUUAUCGACUUAUCCUCCAACAGGUUCUCUGGGCGCAUUCCACCUUCAAUAGGCAACCUUAAGUCUCUUAGAUACUUGAAUCUGUCCGACAAUACCAUCGGAGGACAUAUACCAUCAUCUCUUGGAGGUAUGAGUAUCCUCGAGUCGUUGGACUUGUCUUCAAACAAACUGGAUGGGCAAAUUUCAGGGGAACUGGUAAGGUUGACGUUUCUUGCAAAGUUAAACCUUUCGAUGAAUAAUCUUGAGGGACAAAUACCACAGUCUGCUCAACUUUCCACCUUAGGGAAUGAAUCAUAUGCGGGAAAUGCAGGCCUGUGUGGAUUUCCAUUGACGAGAAAAUGUGAGAGGAGCGAUGGAAAACCAUCACCGCAAGUGGAAGCAGAUAGGGAGAUUGAGUGGGAUUAUGUGUUUGCUGCGGCUGGAUAUGUUUUGAGCUUAGUAAUCUUUUCCUUGCUGCUUUUACUUUGCAAGAGUUUCAGACUAAAAAGAAUUCGUAUUUCUUACAACCACUUGUAUGGGGAGAUACCAUCGAGUUUGGAGCGAUGUUCGAAUCUUGAGUAUUUUUCUGUGCAUAGCAACAACUUCAGUGGACAUGUGCCAACACAAAUUGGAAACUUUCCAUUGCUUCAACAAUUAUUCUUGAGUGCCAACAAUUUCAGUGGUUCUAUUCCGCUAUCCAUUUGCCACUUGAGAUCCCUCGACGUCCUCUUUUUUUCAAAAAAUAAUUUGGAAGGAACAAUUCCAGAUUGUCUGGGAAACUUGAGCAGAUCUUUGUCUAUCCUCAAUUUGAAUGAAAAUAAACUUACCGGCGUUAUCCCAUCAACAUUCACAAAGGGUUGCAAUCUUCAGACAAUCAAUCUAAAUGGAAACAAACUGAAAGGAACCCUACCCCAGACCCUAGCCAAUUGCCAGGGUCUGUUUGGCAUCGAUGUUGGUGAUAAUGAAAUACGCGGUGCAUUUCCCUUUUGGAUGGAAAAACUCCCUCACCUUCGCAUCCUUGUCUUGAGGUCAAAUAAGUUCAAUGGUACGAUGCUCGUGGAUUCAAAUUCAAACAAUGAGCAGCCGUUUCCACAUUUGCAAGUCUUGGAUGUAUCAAACAAUGCCUUUGUCGGUUCCCUACCUGAUAGAUAUAUAAAUAAGUUUCUAGGUAUGAUAGAUGUAGAGGAAAACCAAACGGAUGAUGAAGAAAAUUUGUUUAUAACAUUAAUAGAUGUGAGGCUCACAUUGAAAGGAUUGGAUCAGUCAUUGAGGCGACUGCUAAAUACCCUCACAAGCCUUGACUUUUCCUCCAAUAGAUUCUCUGGGAACAUUCCACUUUCUUUAGGAAAUCUUAACUCUCUUAGAUACUUGAAUCUGUCUUACAAUACCCUCACAGGACAUAUACCGUCAUCUCUAGGACGUAUGAGUAUUCUUGAGUCGUUGGACUUGUCUUCUAACAAAUUGGAUGGAGAAAUUCCAGAUGAAUUGUCAAGGUUGACAUUUCUUGGAAAGUUAAACCUUUCGAUGAAUAAUCUCGAGGGGCAAAUACCAGAGUCUACUCAACUUUCCACGUUUGGGAAUGAAUCAUAUGAGGGAAAUACAGGAUUGUGUGGAUUUCCAUUGACGAAAGAAUGUGAGGGGGGCGAUGGAAAACCAUCACCGCCGUUUGUGGAAGUGGAAUCGGAUAGGGAGAUUAAGUGGGAUUAUGUGUUUGCUGCGGCUGGAUAUAUUAUGAGCUUAGGAAUCUUUUCCUGGCUGAUUUUAUUUUGCCCAAGUUUCAGGUAUAAAUACUUUGAGAAAGUUGACGAUGUUUUCGAGAAGAUCUUCGAGUGUUAUCAGCGCCGUAAGAAAAGAGAGAGACGAAGAAGAGCUUUGAGGAAUCAAGCUAAAAGACAGCAGAGAGGAUAA